UGAGGCUGGACACUGGCAUCACUACGCAUUUUUUGUUCAGAGUCAAACUUUGGAUAUCACAACACAUAACUGUAGACUUACGUCUUACAUCAGCUUCAGGCAAACCUGGAAGGCAUUAACUGUGUCCUUCCCUGGCUUUGAGGAAUGAGUGGUGACUGAAAAUAGGAAGUGUCACAUCUUGAAUGCAAAGAGUUUGUGUUAGUGGUAGGGACAACUUGAAUGUGUGUCUGUGCAUGGUGAUGCGAUAUUGAACAACUGCAGCAGCAUGUUGCCACCUGUGAAGCGGGAUCGGAUCAUUACUCACCUCCCAAAGUGUUUUAGCCCAAAUGCGGCGCUGCACACCAAAGACGGCUUCCACCCUCAGGUGAAGGCUGUGUGCUCAGCUCAGAAGGCAGACGCUGUGAGCUUCAAUAUUGCCAAGGUCAUCGUUGUGGGAGACGUCGCAGUUGGGAAAACAUGUCUGAUUAGCAGGUUCUGUAAGGGAGCAUUCAACAAGAACUACAAAGCAACCAUUGGAGUGGACUUUGAGAUGGAGCGUUUUGAGGUGCUUGGUGUUCCCUUCAGUUUACAGCUGUGGGACACAGCAGGUCAGGAGCGAUUUAAGUGCAUCGCGUCCACAUAUUACAGAGGAGCACAAGCCAUCAUAGUGGUGUUUGACUUAAGCAGUGUGAACUCACUAGCACAUGCCAGGCAGUGGCUGGAGGAUGCUAUGAAGGAAAAUGACCCAUCCAGUGUUUUGCUGUUCCUCGUUGGUACCAAGAAGGACCUGAGCUCUCCCGAUCAGUUGGCCAAGAUUGAGCAGGAAGCCAUCAGACUCUCUGAGGAAAUCAAAGCAGAGUACUGGGCUGUGUCUGCAAAGUCAGGAGAUGGUAUCAGGGACUUCUUCUUACGAGUGGCUUCUUUGACUUUUGAGGCCAAUGUUUUGGCUGAGCUUGAGAAAAGUGGGUCAAGGCACGUCAAAGACAUAAUCAAGAUCACCGAUCGGACAGAAGCCGAUCACAAGCCGAAGAGGAAGUCCAACUGCUGUUGAGGAUUAACAAAUGGCCACCUGGACUUUACUGUACGCUGCAACAGCAAAGACAAGGUGGAACACUCGAAAGGAAAAUGCAUCAGAAACAUGGUCUCAGCGGCUCAGAGUGGAAGUCAUGAAUAACAAUGUCAAGAUGUUGAUGUUGUAUUUGUAGCAUUCUGAAAACGGCCUUAGAAGCAAUUGUUAAUAAUCCAACUUGUAUCUUCGGCAUUAUGAAGUCUAAGUUGAGUCUGUAAACAAGUCUAUCAGCGGGGUGACUUGAGCAGUGUCCUUUCAGAAAUAUUUAGAGUUGUCCAGGCCUGCAACAAGAGAGGCUUUGUUACAUGAUUGGUUACAUAAACAUUUCUCAUAAAAAGAAGACUGUUCUCUAAAUUUCAAAAAGCACUUGGUUAACAUCCUCAUAAAAAGAUCCAACAUUUUUCUGCUGUUAUGGUUGAAAUUCAAGAAUGAGACGAGCUGCAUAUCUUUUCGUUUCCUCACUGGCCUCCCAUCAUGUGUCUCUGUGCUGCUAAUUUGAUACGUACGCUGGCUCCAAUGACCACUGUCACGCUCAUAAAGCAGC